AUGAAAAUCGAGCUUGCGUUCACACCUUCGCCGGGAAUCGGCCACGUUCGAUCAACAGCAGCGCUGGCAAAGCUCCUCGUCGACAGCGACGACCGCCUAUCCGUCACCCUCAUCGUUAUCCCUGACCGCUUCUCCUCCGUUGACAUUUCCUCUGCUUACCCUGAGUCCGAAAGCCGUCUCCGCUACUGCCACCUACCCGCCGGAGAUCAAUCGACUCAAGAUCCAAAUCAGACCUACAUUUCCUACAUUGAGAGCUACAAACCUCAUAUCAGAAACGCCGUCUCGAAACUCGCCCAAGAGGUGUCGACUCAUCCCGACUCGCCACGACGGCUCGCUGGAAUUGUGGUGGAGAUGUUCUGCACGCCGAUGAUAGAUAUCGCCGAUGAGUUCGGCCUCCCUGCUUAUCUCUAUUUCACAUCCAACGCUUCGUAUCUCGGGCUUAUGUUCCAUGUUCAGAACCUCCACGACCAAGAAAACUUCGAUGUCACCGAGUUGAGAGAUUCCAGCACCGAGUUAGACGUUCCUGCUCUGACUCGGCGUAUUCCGGCCAGUUGUUUGCCGUCUGUGAUGUUAAGCAAAGAAUGGUUUCCCAAUCUUUUGCGUCGAGCGACGACUUUGAGGGGAACAAAGGGUAUUUUGGUAAAUUCGGUAGCUGAGAUGGAACCUCAGGCGUUGAAGUUCUUUUCCGGCGGGAACUCUACUCCUCCUCUCUACGCGGUGGGACCUCUUUUGGACUUUAAAACCGACGGCGAAGAUGAGAAGAAGAGAGAGAUCUUGCGGUGGCUAGAUGAGCAACCGUCUAAAUCGGUGGUGUUCCUCUGCUUUGGGAGCAUGGGAGGCUUCAGUGAGGAACAAGCGAGAGAAAUCGCUGUGGCGCUCGAGAGAAGCGGUCACCGGUUCCUAUGGUCGCUCCGUCGAGCUUCUCCGGUGGAAAAGAUCAUGACGGGAUCCCCUCCAGGAGGAUUCACAAACUUGGAGGAGAUUCUCCCGGAGGGGUUUCUUGAUCGGACGGCAAAGAUUGGGAAGAUCAUCACCUGGGCCCCACAAGUCGCCGUUCUGGAGAGUCCGGCGAUAGGAGGCUUCGUGACGCACUGCGGAUGGAACUCGAUCCUCGAGAGCCUGUGGUUUGGCGUUCCAAUGGCGGCCUGGCCGAUCUACGCUGAGCAACAGUUUAACGCGUUUAGGAUGGUGGAGGAGCUUGGUUUGGCGGCGGAGAUCCGUAAAGAUUACCGGAGAGAUAAUCUGUUAGGGGAGUCGGAGAUGGUGACGGCGGAGGAGAUUGAGAGAGGUGUCAACGGUGUGAUGGAGCAAGGUAGCGAGGUGAGGAAGAGUGUCAAUGAGAUGAGCGAUAAGUUCCACGUGGCACUGAUGGACGGUGGAUCUUCGAACGCUGCUAUGCGGAAGUUUGUUCAAGACGUGAUCGUGAAUAUGUCUUGA